CUUUGUUUAAGAAACUAAAAUUUUUUUUAUUCCCUUUUUUACUAAAGUUAUUUUGUGAUCUUUGUCUCUUUUUUGUUAUUUAUUUCAGUAACUUCUUUUGGAUGAACCCUACUUUUGCACUACCUCAUGGACUCCCACGCUAUGCCGGAAAUUGAAUUCUUACAACUGACGGCGGACGACAACGAUUAUAUUGAGACAAACGACGAUUGGGUGAACGAUGGCGAUUGUUGCAAUUGGUUAGAUGAUUCUGAAUGUCAAGAGAAUCUCACUCAUAUUUGGGCUUUAUCUCCCGAGGAGACCAUUAUUGACGCGGAGAAUCAUAUCCACACCACCGAGAUCAAAAUGUUUUGUGAAGAAUUGGGCGUGUUUACCGAAGAACCCGAACCGAUUGAUCCCACUCGCGACUACGAGGCGGAAGCGGCUCUUUUGAUUGAAGAACGCAACAAGACUCGACAGAAACAUAUCAAUCUUUCCCCUACUCCUUCGCUGCUCAUGUCUUCCGGUCUUUCAUCAACUGCUUCCUCAUUUCAUCAUUUUGACGAAGACACGCCUCUCGACCACGGAGUCCCAUAUCUUCCGGCUUAUCAUCAGCCCAAGUAUUAUACUCAUCAACAUCAAACUUUCAACUACACGUGUCACCAUCCCUCCACCGUUCCCGCUGAUCAGUCAUCCUAGUGCAUUAUAUAUACU